CUUCAGACUAUAAAUCAGAAGGCGCACAAAUCCGAAUUCGGUAGGUAGUUGGUUGGUUUCUCGUCUUUACUGCAUAUAUCUCCAGACAUGUCUUCAGGUAUUAAACCCUCAGCAAAAUGUGAAGCCACGUAUAAAGAACUGAAAAUGGACCACUGUCACCGCUAUAUCUUGUUUAAAAUCGUUAAUAAUGAAAUAGAUGUAAUCAAAAUUGCUCCUAGAGGCGAAACUAUAUCACAAUUUCAAGAUGAAGUUAUGAAGCAUCAACACACGGGGUGCUAUGGUGUAUUAGACUAUGAAUGUGAAGGUGUUAAAGGAUCGGACUUAAUAUACUUCUCAUUAGUGUCCGAUUCUGCACCAUUAAUGGCAAGAAUAUUACAUGCGACAACGCGAAUGACGCUGAAAUCAAGUUUCGACGGGAUAAAAACUGAUAUUGAGGCUCACGACAUCAAUGAACUUAUGGAGAAAUUAAAAGCCAGUUCAGCUACAGAUAAAAGAAAAAUUCGAUAAAUUAUCAAUAUUAAAAGACCAUCUUUUAAGUCUGCCACAAUGCUAUAAAAAAGUCUCGUGGUGGCUACAUCACCAUUCAACCUACACAAGUCAAUUAAAAUUAUCACCGUCUACAAAUCUCCAUAAAACAAUUUACAAAAUAUAAAAACCAGAUUUUUGUUGCCUUUCUGGCUUAGGGCUUCCACGAUUACGAACAACUCGCUUAAAGUGUUCAAUUUAGCAUGGUUUUUAUUACACAAUUCAUUUUAAAAUAUAUCCAUAUCAUUAUAAGCUGAGAAGAUUCAAGCAAUCAAUACAAAAAUGAAUAUCCAUAUCAGUAAAUAUUUGAUAGAUUUAUUUUAAAUUGUACAACAUGCUGUCUGGUAAAAUGACAAGUAUGCUUAAUAAAAUGGUCGCUUUAUCUUACCAGUUUAUCGAAUUUUCCAUACCUUUGGACUAUUUUAACUGGGUUGUAUAUGGUGCAUAAAUUUAUCUAUUCUCAAUAAAAUUUAAUUAACCCCCAGAAG